AUGAUACCAUCACGGACGGCAACGCAGCUGGCCGUGGCCUCGUCGUCACGAGGCGCUACAGCUUCACUGGCAAGACAACUUCCUCCAACAGUCAACGCAAAGCAACUACGACAGAAGGUACAACAACGCAUAGCAUACAUCGACUCUGAGCAGCCUCAACACCGCAAUAGUCUGCGUCCGCCACUGCCACCUCCCAUCUCACCUCACGCAUCGUCCUCCAAGUCUGCUCCUUCAUUGGUCGACUCCCACUCCCGGCACCACAGCUACCUGCGCAUCUCCCUCACUGAGCGUUGCUCCUUUCGCUGCACCUACUGCAUGCCUGCUGAGGGUGUCCCGCUCACGCCUGACGACCGAUUACUGAGCACAGAGGAGGUGAAGCGGAUAGCUCGAGUCUUUGUUCAGAUGGGAGUCAAGAAGAUCCGUCUCACGGGCGGGGAGCCGACCCUCCGCAAGGAUCUAGUGGACAUUGUCCGCUACUUAGACUCGCUGCGGGGCGAAGGACUAGAGAGUAUCGGCAUCACGACGAACGGGCUGGUUCUCGCUCGAUCACUUCCCGAAUUGGUGGCAGCCGGCCUCACGCAUGUCAACAUCUCCAUUGACUCGCUCCUGCCGGACCGAUUCGCUUCCAUCUCCCGCCAGUCACCCAAGACCCUUGCGAGAGUCCUCGCCACAAUCGACGACUCGCUCCGCUACGCCCCGCAGCUCAAGGUCAAGCUCAACGUCGUAGUCAUCAAGGGGAUGAACGAUGACGAAGUCGCCUCCUUCGUCGAGAUGACCCGGCAUCGCAACUUGGAUGUGCGCUUCAUCGAAUACAUGCCCUUCAACAGCAACGCUUGGUCCACUCAAGCCCUCAUCCCCGCUGCUGAGCUGCUACAGCGUGUGCAGGCCGCUCAUCCACCGGGCUCAGUGCAGCGGCACGUAGAUGAGGCAAACGAUACGACGCGGCACUACGCCAUCCGCGGGUACAAGGGCAGGUUCGGAUUCAUCUCAAGCAUGACGGACCACUUCUGCUCGACCUGCAAUCGGGUACGAGUACUAGCGGACGGCAACCUCAAAGUGUGCCUCUUUGGGAACAAGGAGGUCUCCCUGCGCGAUGCGAUGCGGAGCGAUCAGGUGGAUGACGAGGGCCUGGGCAAGCUGAUCUCUGGCGCGCUGGAUAGGAAGCAUUUCAAGCACGCGGGGAUGAGGGACCCCAAGGAGAUCUGGGAGGCAGCAGAGGGACGGAGUCUUGGUGGUGGGUUGGGCAGGGAAAUGAGUAGGAUCGGUGGCUAG